UGAUAUAAUGAACUUGACCAUUCAAAGUUGGAAGAUGAGUUAAGCAGACAAGUCUGACUUUUGGUUCCUUCACACAAUAUAUCAUAAUCUUACAUUUUAGAUCUUGUCAAAGUGCAGAAAUGGGGGAAACUUUUCCAAUGAAAGGUGGUGAUUCUGAAUACAGCUACACCAAAAACUCCAAUUACCAGAAACUAGCGUCGGAUGCAGUGAAGGACGAGAUAAAAGAGGCAGUGAUCGGGAGCCUAGAUGCAGAACCAAGGUCGACCAAAGUGGCGAUAGCAGAUUUAGGGUGUUCAGUUGGGCCAAACACGUUCUUCACCGUUCAAAAUCUGAUAGAAGCAGUGCAGAAGAAAUGGCCAUCCGAAACACUCCUAGAAUUCCAAGUAUUCUUCAAUGACCACCUCGGAAACGAUUUCAACACCCUCUUCUCCUCCCUCCCACCGGAGAGGCAGUACCACGCUGCUGCGGUGCCAGGGUCGUUCCACGGCCGCCUCUUCCCUCGCAGCUCCAUCACCGUGGCGCAUUCUUCAUACGCUCUCCAGUGGCUCUCCAAGCAGCCUCAAGGGGUGCAUAACGAGGGCAGAAUCCACUACUCCGGCACGGGCACAGAUGUGGUCAAGGCCUACUCGGAUCAAUACGAAAAGGAUUUGUCAUGUUUCAUGAGCGCGAGAGCUGAGGAGAUUGUGAAAGGAGGAGUAUUGGUUCUGGUCGUGCCGGGAACCCCUGACGGAAUCUCCCAUUCCGACCACCCUGCUGGUGUCCUGUUCAAUUACUUCGGAAAUAGCCUAAUGGAGUUAGCUAAUGAGGGAGUUGUGGAUAAAGAUAAAAUAGACAAUUUCAACUUGCCAAUCUAUGCUCCCGCGAUGGGGGAGAUGAGGAGGGUGAUAGAAAACAAUGGGUGUUUUAGCAUUGAGAAAAUGGAGCUGACAGAUCCAAGGUCCAAGGUUGAUGGACCCAUUGAUGUAGCUAAACUGAUAAUGCACAUGAGAGCUGGAAUGGAGGGGGUCUUCUCAGCUCACUUUGGAGAUUCUGUCGUUGAGAAAAUGUUCGCUAAGGUUUCAGACAAAGCUCAAGAAAUGUCACACUUUUUUGAAUCUGGGUAUAAUAAGUCUACUCAACUGCUUGUUGUGCUCAAGCGCAAAUGAGGUAUUCUCAGUUCAUGUUGAAUCAGCUUUUGGUCCAUCUUCUUCACUAUUAAUAAGGAUUCAUCUGUUGUUUUAUAUUACUAUAAAUUACUUGCUAGUUUUGAUUUGAGCUGUUGUUAUUUUGUGGCUUUAAUUUUCUGAUUAGGUGAAGCUAAGUCAUUCACCUAAUGUGUAAUCAUUCAUUGAACAAGAUAACUCAUUAUUCUAUUUGGUGCAGUUUCCUUCAUCUA